AUCUCAGAUUAAGAAAUUUCAAAGUGCAUUUUUCUAACCGAUGGACAAUCUAAAUAGAGGCCUAAGUGAAAAUGUAUGAAAUUGUUUCAUAUCUAAUUCGAAGACUCUCUCUCUUGGGUCGUUAACUUCCAAAAGGAUAUUUCAUAUGACACAAAAGCCGGCAUUAUACAUACAUAGAUAUGUCUCCAGCAUAUUCUUUGGUAUUGGUAAAAAAAAGGGACUCCUUCUUCCUACUACCACGCGAGAAGAUCAUUAUCUGCAAAAAUUACAUUAGAACAAUUUUAAUCCUCUUCAGUCUAAUUUUUUGUUAGAGGUUUUGAAGGAGGGGGAAAUGGCUACACAUAAGAGGCUAGCAGUAGGCACACUGGUAUGGUUGGUAUUGGCAUCAACAGCAACAACAACGGCCAGAGCUCAUGUGUUAGCCAAACCGGGGUGCCCUGCCCAUUGUGGGAAUCUAAGCAUCCCAUACCCGUUUGGUACAAGGGAAGGCUGUUUUUUAAACGAAAACUUCCGCAUCACCUGCAAUGAUUCAGCCAACUCCUCCACAGCAUUUUUAGGUUAUACUAAUUUUGCUGUUACCAAUAUCAGCACGGAAGGUCGGUUGCAGAUAUUGGCCACAGUUGCCCGAGAUUGUUACAAAGCUUCAGGGGAGCCUGUGAUCCCACGGGUACCAUCCUGGUUUCCGUUGUCAAUUUUCAACGUCUCUAAUACCCGAAACAAGUUUACAGCUAUUGGCUGCGACACUUAUGCGUACCUUAAUGGUUUCGUAGGCAAUAAAAGCUACAGCGCCGGGUGUAUGUCCCUAUGUGAUCGCAUUGAAGACGUGGUUGAUGGAUCUUGUGCAGGAUUCGGAUGUUGCCAGAUACAGAUUCCGGGCGGGCUGAAAAAUAUUGAUGUGAUUGCAUAUAGCUUUACAAACCAUACAAAAGUGUCCGAUUUCAACCUUUGCAGCUAUGCUUUUGUUGUCGAAGAAAGCCAAUUUGAGUUCUCCUCGGAUCUUGUUCGAUCUAUACCAGAAGAUUACAGGUUCCCUGUGUCGCUUGAUUGGGUAGUAGGCAAUGAAACGUGCGAGGAAGCUGAGAAUACAUUGAAUUUCACAUGUCAUCGGAGUGAGUGUUACGAACCUGGCAUAGGUCUGGGCUAUCUUUGCAAGUGUUUAGACGGGUAUGAAGGGAAUCCCUACCUCCCAGAUGGCUGCCAAGAUAUUGAUGAGUGCAAGAUUUUGCAACCCUGCCACCAAAAUGCAGAAUGCUAUAAUUCACCAGGAAGUUUCAAAUGUAUUUGUAGCGGUGGUUUUGAAGGCGAUGGCAAAAAAAAUGGAACUGGUUGCAGUUUCGUACAUAAAACUAAGGGGUUUCCCCUUGUUAACGUUGUUCUAGGGGCCAGCAUAAGCAUUUUAGUGCUAGUAUUGAGCCUUUCAUGGAUAUAUUGGGGACUUUGGCAAAGAAAGCUCAUCAGACAGAGAGAAAACUUCUUCCAACGGAACGGUGGAAUUAUUUUACAACAAGAACUUUCAAAGCAUAAAGGAACUGUAGCAGCCAAAAUAUUCACAGCCGAAGAGCUCAAGAAGGCAACAAACAACUACCAUGAAAGUAGAUAA